AUGGCCCCUGCCGAUCUACCAUUUCAGAUGAAUGUCACGCAGUGUCAAAUUGCCAAGUCCCCGCCCCCACUGAAUCUUCCUCCCAAGUCCCCACCACGACAUACCAUCCUCGGUGUGGUUUUGGCUGAUCAUCAGCGUUCAUCCGAAGAGCCUGAAGAUGUGAUUCUGGAUUCUUCAGAGAUCCCGGUCGGUCAUCCUUUCAUCCUCAAACCACAGCCGGAAGAUGCCCGAGAUAACAUGGAUAGCUCCGCCUUGCAAUCGGAGCAUAGCCAAGCUCCGAUCCUCCGUGGAUCAGGAUUCGAAAAAAUCAUCUUCAAGCAAUAG